UCCAAACUUAGUUUGAACUCAGAGCGUGCGGCGAGCGGAUCGGUCCAACCGGCAUUUGCAGUUUUUUCCGUUUUUAAAAAAUAAAUCCAGACUAGUUUUUUCCGUUUCUCAAAUGCCCAUUCAGUUGACUAAGAUGCAGGGAACAUAAUAAAACCACGUGUGUUAAAUACCUAAUCGGUUCGAAUCUAUAUAGCCCAGCGACAAAUGUGUGUGUGUGUUUGUGUACUCAAGAGCACUGAAUAAGUGAAGCGCCGAACAAAACAGAACUGAAAUCCGAAAUCAACAGAAAAAACCAUGUGGACUGAAACGAACUGAACUGUAUUUGAGCUCCACGCUGGCAUAAAGAGUGUGCUGAUAAAAAAAAAACGGAGAAAAGUACAAGAAGACCCCGAUAAAAGCAAUGGUCUUACAUAAAUUCAAAUUGCUUUAAAUACAAACCAAAUUUAAAUAAAUAAACCCUAGAGGGUUCCGAGAACAAUAACCCAAUUAAAACACUACACAUACAUCCUGCAAAAUGGCGCGAGUUCAGGCCAGCGACUCCUUGAUACCUCGCCAGGUAUUCGAGGUUCCCCCGGCAGAACCCAAUAACUCCACGGCGGACAGCGGGAGUCAGGGUUCCGGGGUGAAGAUGAAGAAGCAGAUCGGUCUGCUGGACGGAGUGGCCAUCAUUGUUGGCGUUAUCGUGGGAGCCGGAAUCUUCGUGAGUCCCAAGGGAGUGCUGCUGUACUCCGGCUCCAUUGGGCAAUCCCUCAUCGUCUGGGUCCUCUGCGGCGUUCUCAGCAUGGUGGGAGCCCUUUGCUACGCCGAAUUGGGCACGUUGAUACCCAAAUCGGGAGGAGAUUACGCUUACAUAGGGACUGCAUUUGGUCCCCUGCCUGCUUUCCUUUAUCUGUGGGUGGCCCUGCUGAUUCUGGUGCCCACGGGUAAUGCCAUCACGGCCUUGACCUUUGCCCAAUAUUUGCUGAAACCUUUCUGGGCCUCCUGCGAAGCGCCCAUCGAAGCAGUUCAGCUGCUGGCGGCUGCCAUGAUUUGUGUUCUGACGUUUAUCAACUGCUACAAUGUGAAGUGGGUGACCCGUGUGACGGACAUCUUUACGGGCACCAAGGUGGUUGCCCUGCUGGUGAUCGUCGGCGCCGGAAUCUGGUGGUUAUUGGAUGGCAAUACGGAGCUCUGGGACAAACCGUUCUCCGGAGAAUAUCCGGAUCCCGGCUUUAUAGCGCUGGCCUUCUACAGCGGCCUCUUCUCAUACUCAGGCUGGAACUACCUGAACUUCGUCACUGAGGAGCUAAAGGAUCCAUACCGAAACCUUCCCAAGGCCAUUUGCAUAUCCAUGCCAGUUGUCACGAUCAUCUAUAUGAUCACAAACAUUGCAUACUUUUCGGUGCUCUCUCCGGACGAGAUUCUAUCCUCGAAUGCGGUGGCCGUCACUUUCGGGGACAAGAUGCUGGGCUACUUCUCCUGGAUAAUGCCUUUCGCAGUGGCCUGCUCCACUUUUGGCUCGUUGAACGGAGCGAUAUUCGCCUCCUCGCGACUUUUCUUCGUCGGUGCGAGGAAUGGUCAUCUACCGGCAGCCAUUUCGCUGAUCAACGUUAAUUGCCUGACGCCAGUGCCUUCUCUGAUCUUCCUGGGCGCAAUAACGCUGCUUUUGCUGUUCAUCAAGGACAUCUACGUCUUGAUCAACUACGUGAGCUUUGUGGAGGCCCUAUUCACGCUGAUUUCGGUAUCCGGACUGCUGUGGCUGCGUUAUAAGCAGCCCAAGGCGGAACGACCCAUUAAAGUCAGUUUGUUUCUUCCCAUCAUCUACCUGAUUGUCUGCCUGUUCCUGGUGAUCGCCUCGUGCAAAAAGUCACCAUACGAAGUGGGCAUCGGCACGGUUAUCAUUGUAUCUGGAAUUCCGAUAUACUAUAUGACAAUCCACAAUCCGGUGAAAUGGUUGGCAGACACAUCGCAGGUCAUUAAUUUGUGGUGCUCCAAAUUCUUUAUUUGUAUGCCCAACCAGGAAAAAUUCGACUAGAGUUACAAGACUCUGAGAUUUAGAGGAGAGUGCCUUUUGCGGAUAUAUUGAUCAACGAAGGGAUUAACUUGUAGUUAGCAUAAGUCUCAAUUAACAAAUAAGAUUGGCUAGCAGUGCAAAAAUUGGAAAUCUACGCACAACAUUACGAAAGUGUUAUUGUAAAUAACUCAAAUGCAUUCUGGUGGGGAAAUUCCCGCUCAAUUUAUUAUUAUGAUUAUUUUAUAAUAUUAUAUUUUGUAUAUUUCUCCCAAAAAAGAGUUCCUCGUCAAAGCCGAAAAUAAAGACACGCUGUGUCUGAUAUACAAAGUGCGAACCAUUUUUACAUAUUAUAGAAGUAAGAUAUACUUAUUAUUAAAGCAUCUUUUGCGAAAUGUAAAAAUCGAAUUUGUUUUGUAUAAGACAGUUAAUAAAAAACAAUUUAAAAAUA